CAACAUCAUGCCAGACGACGACAACAAGAAGACGCGCCACGUCUCUUCGCUCAACGCCAAACUUUUGGCGCACGGCUACGCGAAGCGUCCUCUCAAACUCGACCGCCUCUCCGAGUCUGAGCAGGUGCACGUCGCCAAUGUCAUCACGGAGCUGCUUGGGUCGUCCGUAACCAACCUCUCGGCUAUCGAGGAGCUGAACGGACGCCUGCGGACUAUUGAGUACGAGCGGGAUCGGUUGUACAAAUCAUCGGAGCGCUUCGAAACUCGAUGUGCGCGCCUCGAGGCUGAACUCUCGGCGUCCAAGGCCCGCGAGACCUCUAGCGCGCACGCGCUCGCCACGGAACAGGAGGUAACAAAGAGCCUGAGGAACGAUGUCGAGCGGGGGCGGAAAGCGAUUGAGUCUCUCCGCGUUGCGGCGGGACAGGAGGCCAAGCGCGCACAGCUCAAGGCCGACAAGCUGCGCGACCAGCUAGCGCGGCAACCCAUCCCGCCCAUCUUUGAGCUACUGAACCCUGUCGCGCGCGGUGCUUCGGCGCCUGCUGCCCCUGGUGCCCUUCCGUUGCUAGAAGCGGGGUUGAGGGACCUCUCGGACCUGCGUGCCAGUUUGCAAGAGGAGGCCGAGGCCUUCCGCCACGUCGUCGUCUCCACCGCCAACGGGCUGAGCGAAGCACUGGCAGCGUCCGAAGGGAAGGAAUCACGCGUGCUUUUGCCCAACCAGUUCUUCGAUGGUGGGUAUACCGCGCACCCCGCCAUCGCGGAUGCCAAGCUGCGGGCCCUUGUCGGUGAGGUGCGGUCGCGCCUGACCAUGGAUAUGGCGCGAGGAGCCGGAGAAGAGGACCCCGAGGACAUCGAGGCGCACGCCCGAGCCGAGAGGGAACGGGCAAAGGCGGAGGCGGAUCUCCGGGACCGUGUCAAAGACCUCGAGGUAGAGAUCGCCAUUGUGCGUGGGCGUGAGGAGGAAGCGCGGCGAGUCGCGGACGAAGCGGCUAAGCUGAACGUACAUGCGAGUGUGCCUUCGACUACCGACUUUGAGGACGCUCGCUUGCGUGAGGAGCUCGUCCGCCAGAAGCGCGUGCUGGACGCCGAGCGUGCCCAGCUCCGCGAUGAGGCCAUGCGUCUCCAUGAACAACAGCUCGCAUUUGAAGCAGAGCGCGCAUUGGCCGAGGCACGGGCUGCCGAGUUGCGUGCCGCUGAACGGGCGGCAGAGGAACGACUGGCUGCGGAAACAACCGCCCGUCUGGCCGCACUGGAGCUGUCGAGCGAGGCGGCCAAGCCCACCGUUUCCACCUCGUCGUCAUCCUCCUUUCUGUCCAUAUCCGCCGCCCCUCCCCACCCCGCCCCGACCCGCCCGACUGGACACCCGGCUGCGCCUACAACGCCACGGAAACACGUCCCCGCCCGGCCAUCGCCUCUCUCGCCGCACUCCGCAGGCGCGCUCAAGAGGCAGGUAUCGCCCAAGAAGCCAAAGCUGUACACGAAGAAGCGGCCUAGCCUCGCGCGCGCCGUAAUGGACAGGCAACACAGGCGGAGCGUGGAGGCCGCAAGUCCGCGCCUGCCCGUGUCUACAGCAGCGAAGAGAGACGCAUCUCUCCGUUCGAGCUUCUCAUCAGGCGCUAGCUCUGGGUCUGGCGGGGUGUUGGGCGAAGGCGGGAAGAAGGGAAAUGCAGCGGGAUCUGCGGGCGAGGCGCCCAAGCGGAAGUCGUCCUCCCUCACCGCCGGAACUGCCGCCUCCUUGGCGCGGAGCGCCAGGAAGCCGGAGGUGGCGCUGGGUAAGAGGAAGGCGGCGGGAGCGUGGCGAUAGCGCCUGCUCGUUGGCAUUUGUAACAUGUUAUCCGUGCGUAGUGGGUAGCGGCAAGCGCAGAUGGCGGCUCUGUAGUCUUAUAUCUUGCUGCUAGGCGUUAGGACCGAGAUGGCAGUAAUCCCCUACGUCACUCUCGUCGCAUGCUG